UUCAGUACCACAAGCGGUAUCCCCGAGCUACACUCAGGCUUACCAUGCGGCGUUGCUCAGGGAUUCCCUGCAGCACUUACCUUGUCCUUCGCUCCCACGAUGUGUCCCCUGCAGCGUCCCCGGCCAACUCCACCGGCAUCCGGCUUCCGUGUUCCUGUCCCUGUGACAUCGGGACGUACGGGCGGGAAAUUUGAAAGUUUUAAAAAAUGUCUUUUUUUUAAAAUGAUUAUUUUGUCCCUAGUGCUUUGUCCUGUGCCCUGCCUGCAUUUUUACUGUUCUUUC